AUGGUGCUGACUAGACGUACGCUGCCGGUGACGGAGUUUCUCAUAGACAAAUACUAUGAAGUUGCGCAGUAUGGGCGAGUACUGCAUGAAGGAGAAGGAAGCGACACAGAGGGAGGUGAAGAGGAGCACACUAAGCUAGAGUUUGAGACGGAGGAGGCUGUGCCUGACUCCCGUGAGAGCACGCCUAGCUAUUCUGAGAUGGUUUAUGCGCAGCGGGCUGCGCUGAACCAGCGGCUGGCGAACUCCCAGUGGCUUAAAAUACCAAUGCCCCUGCUGGAUAAAUUGAAUAGCACUCUUCGGUGGUUAACCGGCAAGGAUCUGACUACGUGGGAGAUUGAAUAUGAGUUGAAGAAGAAUAGACAAUUAGCGAGGUCAUAUGAUGAUUGGAAGGCUAUCAGUUUACAAUUGGAUGAAUUGCAAGGUAAAGCUGAUUGGAAAGUUGAUGACGAGACAGAUCUUUAUGAUUACCAAGCUGUUCGCGCACUGACGCAUAAGAUGAAAGAACUACGUGAGAACAAGAAUUAUGCAGAAUUACUAUAUUAUAUCAGGACGACAUGGACAAGAAACUUUGGGAAUAUGGGCAAUGUUAACUUGUAUAGACACACGAAUCAUGGUACAAAAAAGCUCAUAGAAGCGUACUUAGCUGAGUCUAAACUAUGUGUGGAAGAACUUGUAUCUAAAUCAGGCUUUGAAAAUGAGUACUUGUUGGGGAUUCUGCAACAGACGAGGCGAAAUAUCGGUAAAUCAGCUCUGGUGUUGAGCGGUGGGGCAACAUUUGGGAUGUUUCAUAUUGGUGUACUGGCUGCUUUAUUUGAGGCUGAUCUAAUUCCUAGAGUAAUCAGUGGCACUAGCGCAGGCGCUAUUGUUGCUAGUAUAUUUUGUACUCAUACUACUGAGGAGAUACCAAGUUUACUAGAAAGCGUGCUUGGUAUGAGAUUCAAAAUUUUCAGAGAUGAAGACGAUUUAGAGACCACAGAAAAUGUAUUUGUCCAGAUGGCACGUUUUUUUAAGCAUGGAACCUGGUUUGAUAAUAGGCAUUUAAUAAAAACUAUGAAAGGCUUUUUAGGCGACUUAACUUUCAGAGAAGCAUAUAAUAGAACUGGAAAGAUUCUCAAUAUUAGUGUCUCAACUGCAAGCAUAUUUGAACAGCCCCGAUUAUUAAAUAACUUGACUGCACCAAAUGUACUGAUAUGGUCUGCUGUUUGUGCAUCCUGUUCUGUUCCAGGCGUGUUUCCUACGUGCCCAUUGUACGAGAAAGAUCCAAUUACAAACCAGUGUACCGUUUGGGGUGGAAGUACAUCUGUAAAAUUUAUGGAUGGGUCUGUGGAUAACGAUUUGCCGAUCUCUAGGCUGUCAGAAAUGUUCAAUAUUGAUCAUAUCAUAGCUUGCCAAGUUAAUGUUCACGUCUACCCAUUUCUAAAACUAUCGGUGUCUUGUGUAGGUGGGGAAUUGCAAAAUGAGACUAGUGCAAGGGUCAAGCAACAUAUUACCGGAUUUUGUAAUUACUUUUCCGAUGAAUUGGUGCAUUAUUUGGAAAUUUUGUCUGAACUUGGCAUUGCAGAAACUCUAUGUAACAAGUUAAGGUCCGUGAUAUCACAAAAAUAUUCAGGCGAUGUCACUAUAUUACCUAAAUUAGACAUGAUAUCUUGUGUGAAUGAACUCCUGAGCAAUCCAUCUCAAGAAUUCUUGCUUAAAGAAACGACGUUAGGUGCCAGAGCAACUUGGCCAAAUAUUCCAAUAAUAAAAAGUAACUGCACACAAGAGUUUAUUUUGGACAAGGCAAUUGCAUAUUUGAAAGAGCAAAUAAUCGUAUCAUCCUCAUCUGAUAUCCCUGCUAAUAUUUCUUACGGUGCUAUGGAAAGGGUGAUGCUUUCUAAUGAUCCCAAAAAGAGGCAAUUAUCAAACCAGAGUACCGACGAUACUUUUGAGGAAAAUAAUGUUCUAGAUGAUAAUUUGAUGGAGAAUGAACCUACUAACUCUACAUUAUUGUUAAGGGAGAAUGCUUUCACAACAAUCCAUGACCCAUUGUUUCCAAGAGAGAAAUACCUGGCGCCAAUACCAAAGAAAAGAAGAAAUCACAGGAAAUCAGAAGCAUCAACUAGAGUACGUUCAAGAUAUGCUGUGGGCUCUUGUUCCUUUUCCGUUGGAUCUGCAACAAAAACCAUGGAAAUACUUCAGGUUAAAACCUCGAAGUCGGCUUCACCAAAAAAGUAUCAGAAUAUGCGUAUCAGUCCAGCUAUUAAAACCUCAGAUCGUGUGAUAUUUGGUAGUAAUAGAAAUGUUUUUGACUAUUUACAAAGAGAUUGA